UGAAGUUCUGUCCCGCCACAUAACUUGGUGUAAACAUAGACAUACACACAUAUAUUUCAUUAAUAUAUCCGUUAUAUGAAUGUUCAAGAAAAGCUGCAGCGAGGGCUUUCCUUCAUUCAAAUUUGCCCUCGGGAUGGUCCGCGGUUUCUCUCGUUUUUCUUCUCUAUAUAACUGUAGUGGCAUAAAUUUCUGAAGAAUUAAAUGGGGACUUUCUUUGAAGACGAUGACAGAGAAGGUGAUGGCCCUCUCAUACGAACGCAAGCCGAGCUCACGCUUCAAAACCUUCUCCAAAAACAGCUUUCUACCAAAAACAGGUUGGAGCAGGUUGUAUUUGAGGAGUCCACACACAACAUGCGUUGUAUAGGGCAUGGAUUUUCUGGAAUAGGUACUCUUGCACAAUUUCGAGAAAAUGAGAUUCAACAGAAAGAAGAAAGGAAUUGUCAACAGUCUAGUAUCAGUUUAGCACACUCACAAAUGUUUAUUAAUGAUGUAAAGACGCGAAAGAGAUACGGUCCAGAUCCAGCCUUUUUUCAGCGUGCACUAGAAGAGGAGCAAGGGAAACAAUAUGCAAACUGCUUAAAUCAGGUCUCAGAGGUUGGUGGUGGGCAUCGGAAUUAUAGCAGGCACACAGAAGAGCUGGAGGCAUCUCUAAUGCGAGGGAAAGACAAAUUGAAAGCAAUUUCUCAUCUUUCUGCUGGAGAGAGUGCGUACCGUAAGCCAUUAUUGAAUAAGGUUGAGCUGAGUGAGCUGUGCAAGGGAAGUACACCUCAGGAACGUGCCCGUGACAGAGCUCCUUAUCAAUGCAAACGUUCAGUGAUUGAUGUGUUUUCUAGACCUGCUCCUGAAGUACUUGAUUUACAUACAUAUUUGGAGGAAAAACAUGCGUUGUGCAAAGACAACAAAUCAGAGACUAGUAAAGAUCUGAUUGUGAUUGGAAAUUCAGAAGAAAAGGGAUCAGAAUACAAAGUACAAAUGGAAGUGCCAAAUGACAAUAAUCUCACUGCAGACUUAAUUUCAGAGACAGAAAUUUUGUCAAAUAAGCUUUCAGAAGAUGCAAUUCGUGAGAUACCUGGUGGCAAGUUUUCAAAUUAUGCUCCUGGUCUUCCUUCUCAUAUCCUUUACAUCAAGAAUCUGUCCUCUGUUGUGAAAGAAACAGAUCUAGUUUCGUUGUUUAUUCGGUUCCAACAUCCUGGACAGAAAUUACUUUUCCGCCUUAUGCAGCAGGGUCGAAUGAAAGGGCAGGCUUUUGUUACAUUUCCAGAUACUGAUACAGCCACGCAAGCUCUACAACUAAUAAAUGGUUUCCAAUUAAAGGGAAAGCCAAUGGUUAUUCAGUAUGGUCGUAAAGAAGUUGGAAAUGACAAGUGUACAAAUUAGACUAUAAUGAUUAGGGUGGACCUACAUCUACAACAGAAAAAUCCUGUUAUAUGAAAUCAUUUGAUGGACUAUAUACAUUUUAAAAGAUGCAGUCGGCAAGAGCUGUUGCAUAGAGAAUUGUGGAUUAAAAGCAUCGGAUGGUGGGGCAAUCUACAUGUGGAACAUGAGCCACAGUGCUUGGGAAUUGAAGAACACGCAGGCAUGGAUUGAUGUUUUACAUAGUGGGUGGAUCUUUAAAGGAAACGUUGUAUACAGCCGCCUAUUAAGUUUCAAGAUGCACAGAGCACAUGAAGGUGGGAACGGAGGACACUAUAUCUUGAUUGAUAUAUUAAUAUCAGUUGUAGGACAAGCAGGCAUGGAAUGCUUUUUACAGUAGGGUGUGUAUCUUUAAUGGAAAUGUUGUAUAUAGCCUAGGAGUUUCAAGAUGCACAGAGCACAUUAAGGUGGGAAAGGAGGAAACUAAAUCUUGAUUGGAUAUAUUAAUAUCUGUUCUGGCAUGCUGGACCUGAAAGGGAGAGAAGUACCGUAGUUAAAAAUUGAAAGCAGUGACUUUAUUCUACACAAGAUUCUAUUUAUUAAGCAUUGGCAAAAUCAAUAACUCA